AUGCCCGCUGUCGCUACCACUCCCUUCGAGGGCCAGAAGCCCGGCACCUCGGGUCUCCGAAAAAAGGUGACUGUCUUCCAGCAGCCUCAUUACACCGAGAACUUCGUGCAAGCCAUCAUGGACUCCAUCCCCGAGGGCGCUAAGGACGCCACUCUGGUCAUCGGCGGAGACGGCCGAUACUAUAACGACAAGGUCUGCCAGAUCAUUGCCGAGAUCGCCGCCGGAAAUGGUGUCAAGAAGCUCAUUGUCGGUCAGGACGGUAUUCUGUCUACCCCUGCCGCAUCCCACGUGAUCCGAAAGCGAGGAGCCACUGGAGGAAUCAUUCUCACCGCCUCCCACAACCCCGGAGGACCCACCGAGGACUUUGGAAUCAAGUACAACCUCGCCAAUGGCGGGCCCGCUCCCGAGUCCGUUACCAACAAGAUCUUCGACGUGACCACCAAGAUCAAGGAAUACCAGCGAGUCGACGUGGGAGAGGUCGACCUCAAGACCGUCGGCACCAAGCAGUACGGUCCCAUUGAGAUUGAGAUCAUUGACUCUGUCGCCGACUACGUCGCUAUGAUCAAGGAUAUCUUCGACCUGGAGCUCAUCAAGGACUUCCUCAAGUCCAACCCUGACUUCAAGGUCCUCUUUGACGGUCUUAACGGUGUCACCGGCUCCUACGCCCAGGCCAUCUUCCUUGGUGAGCUUGGUCUCGACAAGUCCUCCAUCCAGAACUGCACUCCUCUCCCCGACUUUGGAGGUCUCCAUCCCGACCCCAACCUCACUUACGCCAAGACCCUUGUCGAUGCUGUCGAUUCUGGAUCCAUUCCCUUUGGUGCUGCUUCCGACGGUGACGGUGACCGAAACAUGAUCUACGGAGCCAACACCUUUGUUUCUCCUGGUGACUCCGUCGCCAUCAUCGCCGACCACGCCGAUAAGAUCCCUUACUUCAAGAAGCAGGGAGUUUACGGUCUGGCCCGAUCCAUGCCCACCUCAAACGCUCUCGAUCUCGUUGGAAAGAAGAAGGGCCUCAACGUCUAUGAGGUCCCCACCGGCUGGAAGUUCUUCUGCGCCCUGUUCGACUCCGACAAGCUGUCCAUCUGUGGUGAGGAGUCUUUUGGAACCGGCUCCAACCACAUCCGAGAGAAGGACGGUCUCUGGGCAGUCAUCGCUUGGCUCAACAUCAUCGCUGGCGUCGGAAAGGAGGACCCCAAGAAGGCUUCCAUCGCCGCCAUCCAGGAGGACUUCUGGAAGACUUACGGACGAACCUUCUUUACCCGAUACGACUAUGAGAACGUGUCUAGCGAAGGCGCUGCCAAGGUGGUUGCAGGUCUGAACGACAAGCUCAACUCUCUUGUCGGUACCAAGAUUGGCUCUCUUGAGGUUGCCGAGGCCGGUGACUUUGAAUACACCGAUCUCGACGGCUCUGUCUCUUCCCACCAGGGUCUGUACGUCAAGUUCACCAACGGCGCUCGAUUUGUUAUCCGACUGUCUGGAACUGGUUCUUCCGGCGCCACUAUUCGACUCUACGUCGAGAAACAUGAGUCUGACCCCUCUAAGUUUGGUGAGUCUGCCCAGGACUACCUCGAGGAUAUCAUCAACGAGGUUGUGUCCUACCUCAAGUUCAAGGAGCUUGUUGGUCGAGACGAGCCCACUGUUCGAACUUAA